AUGAAUAAAAUUGAUGUAGUGACAGAAAAAAAUGAAAUUAUUAACCUUGCAGUUAAAUUGAUAUGGAAUGCUACAGAAAAAAGUGUUUCUUCAGUAAUAUUUAAUGGCGAAACUGCGACAGUUUUAAGUCAAGCUCGUUCUCGUUCAAUUAUUGUGGAUUUGGAUGAAACAGAUUCAGUGAUUAUAAAAGGUGAAACUUAUAGAAAAUUAAAUGAAAAGGUAAAUGAGGACAGUGAAGAAGCAUCAAAUAUAGAUAAUGAAAAAGAAAUUGAUCAUGUGUCUAAAGUUCAAAAAAGUACCACCAAGGAAAUUCAGGAUAACGAUUUAAAACCAUCGAAAGUCUUAAUCGAUGACAGUCAACCCUUCAGAAAUGCGUCGACAAAGAUAAAUAAAUUUAAAGCUGUCAAAUUUACGCGAAAUGAUAGUCAAACUUUAAAUAAUCAGCAAAUAGAAAGUGACAAUGAAACAUCGUCGCAAAUUGAUGAACUAGAAGAUGAGAUCAUGUCAAAUGAAAAAAAAAACAAGCAAAAUUCCAAUUCAUAUAGAGUAAGACAAUUUUUCAAUUAUUACCGUACAAAAUCAAUUAUACUAACCUUACAAAUUGAAGAGCGUAUUGAUGUAUUAUCAGACAUAGACGAAAUAAUGCUCGAUGCCUCCUCGCCGUCAACUAAUGAAGAUGAAAUUUCAUAUGUUUCAAUUCCAGCUGAUCAAAAUAAUUACCCAAGAGUUAUAAUAUAUCCUCAUGAAAUAUUGAAUAGUGAUAAAGGAGAACAACAACAUUCACCGAAAGAUAACGAAAAUAAUCAGUCGAUCGAAAAAAAUGAUGUGAAUACCCUUCUAGAGAGAAUCAUUGUCGAUGAUGAACCCCGGGCUGAAAGGAUUGAAGAAAUCGACAAACCAUUACAAAACAGUAAAAAGAAGCAAAUUGAAGAUGAAAUGCUUAAUGAAGAGGGUUUUAUAUCAGAUGAUGAUGAAGUAGAAGUAGACAAUGUCUCUUUGUUGUUAAAUGCAAGACUAUCUAUUAAUAAUAAAAGUAAUGCUUUAACUUCACCUCAAGAAUUCUCGCCGUUGAAUGAUGAUAAUGAACAAGCCAAUAACGAAAGUUCA